AAGGGGGCGGGACAAGUGUCUGUCACUCAAAUAAACUACCAAUCAGGAGCAUAUUGUUUUAGCCGGUUUGGACUUUCAGUUUCAUUUAUUGAAAACGCAAAGCUGCACGCUCAGGAAACACGGUAUAAAUUCGUCUUUCAAUACAUUUUUUUUUUCUUUCAAAGGUGAGAUCAUAUUCUAUCUUGUUUUUCACGCAGCAACGAAGAGUGUAGCUAUUUUAUUUCAUUUACAGUAAAACCAUGACAUUACUGGAAGACAUCAGAGCGAUCAGCAGGGAAGCAGCCUGGCAGUUGGAGAAAGCGGAUUGUCGCUCUGACCAAGACAUUCGGUCACUCACACAAAACGACCUGCAAGAACUCCUCCCUGGGAUUUCAAAUUUCAGAAUAAGGAAGAAAAUCUAUGAAACUAUACACAAAAAGCGUCCAGUCCAGGCUGUUCUAAAUGAACUCAAGGGUUUUAUUCCAGAUGAUUUCCAGAUAGAUGCUUUCACCAGCAGCGGGGCGCUUCAUGACUAUCUACAGAUGCUUAAAGCGUUAAAAAGUGAAGUAACUCAUGUUCAGGAGUUUCUUGAUGCCCAUAUUGAUCUAUUGGAAAAAUUCAGUCAAAGAGGGCACAGUCAAAGAGAGGACACUGAACCCAAUAAAGACCAAACUUUACUGGCUUCAGUAAAGCACGUUCCUGCUGCGCCUUCCAGUGUUAACACCAAUCACUUUGAGCAUAACUUGCAUUUACAAAAAGAACAAGCUCCAUCCAUGCCUAAUCAGUGUCAAUGUAAUUUCAUGCCACAAGCUACAAAACCAAAACUACAAGCCACUCUCAGAUACAGAGUGAGUGUCAGUGGUAACACCCUGAACAGACACUUGGACGUAUUGGAAAAGAUAAAAGGUACUUACCCACAAAGUCUGCAUCUCCAAGAAGCCAUACGCAAUGAGGACAGCCAGAUCACCAUAGUCUUCUGCCCAGUUGUCUCUCGGGUGGGGACAGAUGUAGAGACAGCCCUGCAGCCCAUUCAAGAUAACAAACCAGUCAUUCUUGUGAUGAUGCACCACAGCCAUACUGGACACAACCAUACUUCAGCAGUACAUGUGCUUCAUGACAAUGUAGUGCUGAUAGUCAGUGUUUUCUUUCAUGAGACUGUACCUGGUUUACUGCCAUGCCCACAAAAUGUUGAGGCCAUAGACAAAAUUAAAGUUAAACUGCGGUCAUUCAUUACAAAGACUGCAAAUACUUUUUAGUGUCUCCAUCAUAAAAUAUUCCAUGCAGAUAUGAAUGGCCUUGCGAUGUUGGUUUCAGCUUGUAAUUAUCUUUUUUCUUAACGUGCAUGCAUACUUUGGAUACAGUCAUGUUAGAAGAGCAUUUCUCUACAUUUAUGACUUACUGAAAAUCAAUGUGCUUUCUAUGAACAAUCAUCAGCUUUAUAAUCAAAAGCAUUUGACUGCAGCCUGCUAUUCUGUCCUUUUGUAUCAGAUCAUCUACUGUUAUCUUGCUGCGUUGUAAAUAAAGGAAAAAUAAUAACAAAUCUCCAA